ACGGGUCAUAUUCUCUGAGAUCUUAAGAACGUCACUGAGCCCUUUGUACUCCGUGACCGGUCCUGAGGGCCAGUGAUAACCCCCGAUCAUCAUCUCUGUCCCUUUCCCCGUGUGGGGGAUGGGGAGGAAAUGAAGAGUGGCAAGCUGGAGGGCUCACAAGGCCUCCCAUUGUUACCCUCCUCUUAAAAGACUGCUGGCCUAUUGAAAAUGGCUGGCUCUACCUUCAGUGAGAGCCGGAGCUGCCUCCCCUCCUCUCCUGUUUGUGUGACCUUGGGAAGGUCCCUGGGCGUCCUUAGAGGCUGUUCUUAGGUGCCCGGGUUGGGGGAAAUCAGAUCUCAUGGUUUAUUAAGCAACUCCCCGGCCCAUGCACCUUGAGCUUCUAGUGACCCAGGAGGGAACUACCAUGCCCCAGCCCCUCGUCCCGUUUACUGUGGAAACAGAAGGAGCUGGCUAGGAGACGCCACCAUGGCAGUAGGCAACAUCAACGAGCUGCCAGAGAACAUCCUGCUGGAACUGUUCAUCCACAUCCCAGCUCGCCAACUGCUGCUGCGCUGCCGACCGGUCUGCAGCCUCUGGCGAGACCUCAUUGACCUGGUUACACUCUGGAAGCGCAAGUGCCUUCAAGAGGGCUUCAUCACCGAGGACUGGGACCAGCCUGUGGCUGACUGGAAGAUCUUCUACUUCCUGCGCAGCCUCCAGAGGAACCUCCUUCACAACCCUUGUGCUGAAGGAAAAGAAAUGAGGCCUCACAGACCCCAGGUUAAACCUACAGACUGUUCCAGAAGGGGCCUUGCCAAUGGAUGAAGGAGCAAUGAAGUCUCCCUCGCAUUCUGGUUCAAGAACAGAUUAUCUUCUGGUCAUCUGGAUGCCCUAAAGCCCAGGCUGUGCUGUAGCCUGAGAAUAAGCUACAAUAUAGGAAGGACCAUGUCUCCUGUCACAUGGUCAAACAUCAAGAAAAGUGAGGGAUUUGAGUUCUGGAGCCUGGACGUGAACGGAGGCGAUGAAUGGAAGGUAGAGGAUCUCUCUAAAGACCAGCGAAAGGAAUUCCCCAAUGACCAGGUCAAGAAAUACUUCGUGACUUCCUAUUACACCUGCCUCAAGUCCCAGGUGGUGGACCUCAAGGCUGAAGGGUAUUGGGAGGAGCUGAUGGACACCACCCGGCCGGACAUCGAGGUCAAGGACUGGUUUGCAGCCAGGCCAGACUGCGGGUCCAAGUACCAGCUGUGCGUCCAACUCCUGUCGUCAGCCCACGCACCACUGGGAACCUUCCAGCCGGACCCGGUGAUGAUUCAGCAGAAAAGCGAUGCCAAGUGGAGGGAGGUUUCACACACAUUCUCCAACUAUCCUCCCGGCGUCCGCUACAUCUGGUUUCAGCACGGAGGCGUGGACACUCACUACUGGGCCGGCUGGUACGGCCCGAGAGUCACAAACAGCAGCAUCACCAUCGGGCCCCCGCUGCCCUGAUGCCUCCUGAGCCCCAGUCCUCAGAGCCCUAAUUAGUAAACAGUCAGAAAGGGCCAGGCUUGGGAAGGGGAGGUGGAAACUCCCAGACCUCAUUGUUAGCCUUUGCCCCCAGCUGCCUGUGUGUGGAGUUUCUAAUGUCUGGGCCACCCUCCUCUCUAGCUCUCCAGCAAAGCUGCCCCUCUAAGGGUGCAGUGCCUGAGGAUAGGCAGAUACAACAGGUCUCCAUACUUCUCAUGCUUGCCUAGACCUGUUUCUACCCCUGACCUCUCUCCUUGUUCUCCUCAAGGGCCCUGGAGAGCAGGGACAGACAACAUAUCUGACAGGCUUGGGGACUGCCUUUAAUGAUGUCAUAAGGCAGAUCUAGGAUAGAAGGCUCUGCUGGCCAGUCCUUAGCCUGGUGGUCAGCUGCUGUACGCUCUCUGCUUUGGCUUUAAAGUCAGGCCUGGUACCAGAUAGGCAGGAUCAGACUAUCUUUGUCAUCCUACCAAUGAGUGCAGGACUCCCCAGAAGACUCCGGAUGAGAGGCCAGAUGAGGGGUAGGAUGGACCAGGGUUUUGAGUGGAAGGACCUGGCCAAGUCCUCUGUGGCUUGAAGAUGCCCCAGCCCCAUCGGUGGGAGCGUCAAUUCACACACUACCCCCUUGACCCUAGCACCACUCCAUCCCUCCUGUUACAUAGCCAAAUAAAAUGUUUCCAGCCUC